UUCCCCCAGUCCCCCGCGUUUGGUGGUGGUUUGGUGGUGGUUUUUUUUGGGUUUUUUUUUUUUUUUCCCCAUUUUAUUAUGGGGUCUAUGGGGGAGCAGCUCUUUCAGACCAGCGUUGCGAUUCUUCCUUGUCUAACGCUCUGCGGAGAACUAUAAUAUUUCUUCCCCGAGAUGCUGCAGAGAAUUUGAGUUCCAGGAAAUCAGGCGAACCAAAAUAAUUCGAAUAACCCGAACCAUUUGUUACCACGUGAGUGCAAACGCUGCCUAGGCAGAGAUGAUGGCAAAAAAUUCCCUGGAAGGGUCUAAAGAAGACCUGAGCAAAAUUACGGAGGAGGAGAUGCUGAGGUGGAGCAAGGAAGAGCUGGUGAAAAGACUCAGGAAAGUGGAGAAUGAAAAGAUGAACUUAAUGGUGGAACACGGCAACUUGAUGAAGGACGUGAACCGGCGGCUCCAGCUCCACCUGCACGAGAUCCGCGGGCUGAAGGAGGUGAACCAGAAGUUGCAGGACGACAACCAGGAGCUGAGGGAGCUCUGCUGCUUCUUGGACGACGACCGGCAGAAAGGCAAGAAGCUGUCGAGGGAAUGGCAGCGCUUCGGGAGGCACACGGCCAGCGUGAUGUGGAAGGAGGUGGGCAUGUACCAGCAGAAGCUGAAGGACCUGGAGGCGAGGCAGGAGACCCUCCUGCGCGAGAACGUGGAGCUGAAGGAGAUGGUGCUCAUGCUGGACGAGGAGCGGAGCGGGGCCGGCUCGCGGAGCUCCAUCGACAGCCAGAACAGCCUGACCAACCUCAACGGUGGCUCGGCCACCAGGGACGUGGGGGACGGGAGCAGCACCUCCAGCACGGGCAGCGCGGGCAGCCCCGACCACCACCACCACCACCUCCACCAUCACAAGGCCGGCGACAGCAAGGCCGGGGCGAUGCGGAGGUCUAUGGAUGACCUGUCCGCACCCCUCCACCACCGGAGCAUCCCCAACGGCCUCAAUGAUCCGUCUUCCAACUAUAUCAGGCAACUUGAAACAAAAGUGAAACUGCUGGAGGAUGACAACAAGCUGCUUUCCCAGCAAUCCAGCAUGGGGGACCUAAGGACUCUGAGGAAAGGGUUGUCCCCAUACCACUCUGAGUCACAGCUCUCAUCACUGCCGCAGUAUCAAGACACGCUGCAAAACGGACCAGCUCGAAUGACAUCUGAUCUUGCGUCUUCUCCUGCAGCAGGGUAUGUCCCUGUCGGUCAGAAGCCAGAGGCUGUUGUGCAUGCCAUGAAGGUCCUUGAGGUCCAUGAAAAUUUGGACAGACAAAUGCAAGACAACUAUGAAGAAGACCUGAGUGAAAAGGAGAAGGCAAUUGUUCGUGAAAUGUGCAAUGUUGUCUGGCGAAAGCUGGGUGAUGCUGCAAGCUCCAAACCCUCCAUCAGGCAACAUCUUUCAGGAAACCAGUUCAAGGGUCCCUUAUAGAUGCACUGUCCCAGAGGCUGGAAGUGAUUGAUUCUGUGAAGACUUAAGAGGCAGAGCUCAGCAUUUCCGGUUGCCUGUUCGAGAGUUGGGGUUGAGGAUUUUUUUCAGGGUUUCCUUUUUUCUUUGCUUUUUUUUGUAACAAUAGUGUAAAUAUGGCAGCUAAAGGCCUGAUUUCCAGGCUGUGGUGCUCUGGAACUACUGUUCAAUGGGUAACCAUCCAAUAAUGCCAGACUUGCAUCAUUUGUAUUGUAGUUCAAACCUGCUUUGUUGUAAUGGUCUGUUUGUAGAAUUUUAACUAACUCGAGAGAAUUUCUAAGAGGAAUAAGAAGAACACUUAGCCUGCAGAGAAGUCACAGUUUGUAUCGCUCCUGUCCACCCACUUGUCAAUGAUUCAUAGCUGAGUUAGUGGCUCCAGGCAGCACCUUCCAAAGAACAAUUUGAAUUCAUUGGCUUACUUCGCACCAGGCUCCUGAGCUGCUAACACUUCUUUGGAGGUCCUUAUUUUGAAGAAUGACACGCAACUGUCUUCACGAGGCACUGAGUACAAUAUUGAGUGGUGAACUAAAAACACUGCUACCGUGCUGUACAUUGUACAGUGGUACUCAUCACACAAGUGUACAGAAAGGCAUAAGACUCUGUACUGGCUGUUAAUGAACUUUUUUUUUUUCAUGAACAAACGACAUAAGAUUUCUGCAGUUGUAACGUGAAUGAACUGAAGUUGCUUAGCCACACACCAGUAUUCCCUAGAACCAUGGUAACACUUUUCCUGUAAAGCCUUUACCACAAAAUAACUCAGCAGAAACUGCCGUCCUAACAGUGUUUAUGGCUUUCACAGGAUCUUCACAAGCAGCUCAUCUUUCAGAUAAGGAAGAUUUGGGUUUUUUUUUUUUAAAUGUCUUUGCUGGAUCCCUCACCUAUACUGGUUCCUGUGUAAGGUAACCAACAACCAUGCAGACCUGAAUAAAAACUCCAUAAACACAGGCUGUUGGGUGAGACUGCUUCCUGCCAUUCAAGCUUUACUUUUGUUAGUGAACCAAAACAAGUGGGUUUUCCCUUCUUCUAAUGGUUGUAUAUAAGACAAUGGGACUUGUACUUUGCUAUUGUGGAGUAGCUGCUUGUAUAGUUGUGAGAAUUUGACCCCCUUCUUUUCCAAGUUGUCACAGCAGCUGUCCCCGUAUUUCAUUAGAUGUUCUUUCCCAAUAGUUCAAGGAAGCGGGGCUUGGUUAUUAAACCUAUUGCUGUGAAAUAACAGGCAUGUGAAAAGAUCAAAGCCUCCUCUUCAAAAGUAGCAUCAAUUUUAGUGAUUAGUUCAAAGAUUUAAUGACCUCAAACACCAUCACUUUUGUUUUAUUCUCCAUAAAAAUCAGUCACAGCUAUGGAAAGCUGAGUUAGCUGGACAUGUUCUGCCUCUUAAAUGAAUUUGUUCUACCAGUUGAGUUCUUGACUUGUGGUAUUGUAUGAACAUGGAGCACCCUCACAAUAUCAAGGAGCCCAUGCUGCAAGUUACGAAAGGCAAUUGGUCUCAUGCUAUACAAUAACGCAGCUGCCUGGGUAAAGAAUUUGCAGUCUUAGAGCCGAGAUCUGUAACCACUAAAAUACAGAGAAGCAAUACAACCAAAAUACGUAGUAACCAGUAAAAGUAAGCACCACUUCAUCAUUUAUUGCAAACAUAAAAACAACAGUCAAGAUGAGUGGUUAUUUAAAAAAAAAGAACAAGAACCACCUCCAAAACACACCCAUACUCACACUCACCAGCAGUUUAUUUCUUAGCACUGCUCAGUCAGCAAAUGGUGAACUCGCUAACCUAAAUGUAAUAUUUACAUCCUGUGGAGUCUGGAAAAACCCAUUCUGGAGUCUGUCUCUUUCAAAACACAGCACCUUGGGAGGCAUCUGGAUUGUGUCCUCUUUACUUUUUACCUCCAGUUUCUAUUCACCAUUGAUUACUUGUCUUCCUCCUGUAAAAUUUAUACCUUGAGAUUUUUUGCACCAGAAAAGGUCAUGUAAAUCAGACAUCAUUCUUCCUUAACAGCUGAUGUCGAACAGAGGGUUACUUUAAUCUGUCUGCUUGAAAGCCCAUUUUAAUUUUGGUGGCAUCUAAUCACUGGACUAAGCAGAGAAUUUAAGCAUAUUGGGAACAAGGUUAAUUUGCAUCAGUGAAUUUUAACUAAAGCAAUGCAAAUAUUGCCAGCACUUAUAAAGAGCUAAUUGUGUUGAUGACAUGCUUGCUAUUUUAGGAGUACAUUAGACUAGCAGGUCCUCUCCACAAGCCAAGAGCUAUGCUAAUCAGAUUACUAGUCUCGCCAGCUAUGUAAUUCUCCUUCAGAUAUUCCUGCUAUCAAAUCUCAAAAUCUGUUCAAUGACUUCAAACAAAGCUUGUUUUGUUCCAUCUGCAGAUCUCACCUACAAGGGAAAUAGUGCUAUAAUUGACAUUCAUUAGUGCCGCAAAUCCCGAAGAGCCAGUUUACAGCGUAUCCAGUAGUUCAGUUGAACAGUCUUGAUAAUCUUAACGAGUAUAUCCUGUUUCUUUAAGAGUCUAUUUGUCAGCAUAAAUCUGCAAUGCAAGAUGUGCAUCAUUGGUCUUGCAAAAGAACGUGACAGUGCUGUACAGUAGGGUGUUAUAUUGGGGGGUUUUAGGGUUGCUACUCUUCAUACUUAGCUCCAUUUGAGCUAUAAAAUGUCUUCCUGGGGUAAAAUGACACUCAGUGACUUUACAGGAUGACUUGGGUGCUGAAUUUUCAGUUGUCUAAAAAGAUGUCUUAUAUGCAUAUUUAAAUUAAUUUACCUAUGCGCUAAGUCUUCAGUGAGAAUCACCUGAGGAGCUCUGGACAUGAAGUUGGAGGGGAGCAUCCCUUGAAAUAGCAGCCAUUAAAUUGAUGUACUUGGGGCAAUAGUUCAAGUUAAUUUCCUCAAGAUUGAAGCCCUAGGUUCUGCAAUCCUCUGGCAAAGUAAGCAUCCACUGUUUACAAAUGGACUUUGCUUGCUUAAGGGAAGUAAAAUCACAUCCUUGAUUUCUGUCGGAGCGACUGAAGCAAAUGGCAUUUCCACGAAAAGUUCCUGAAAUGCUGUGCUGUUACCAGCUUCAGUUGGCUCUUUGCACCUUGUUAAGACUGCCGAGUACAACCUUGUUUGAGAAUGGCACAUUUUUAUCCAAAUAUUAGAUAAUAAAUCAGUGUUGAAGUGACCUUUUAUCUUUUUAGAAACUGUGGGGGAAGAGUACUACUGAUCUCUUUCAAAGUGCAUGACUGUAAAGUGAUAAAAUUGUAUAUUUUUCAUAAUGUGGGGAAAGUCUAUUUGUGCUGCUUUAGAAAUCAGUUUAAAGUUUGAUUUCUGUUAAACCUGUGAUCUUACAGCCCUGCUAUAUUUUCUGUAUAGGAUUUACAAAAAACUGGAAAAGUUAGCACCUGCUGUUGUGUAUAUAGCAAAACUCUUUAGAACUUAGCACGCGUUUUUACCUAUUAUUGAACCACUCUGGCUUUUUUGGGAGGAAAGUAUUAGUACAGAUUUUUUUGAUAAUGUGUGUAAAACAUUCAUUUGAAAUAUUUUAGUAAAAAUGAGGUAAG